UUCAAACUUCAGGGUUUACUCUGAUAAAACAAAGGCAAAUCCCGGUGUUGAAUCUGCAGAUCUGGUGCUUUCUUAGAGCAGGCGUGUUUUUUUGCCAGUGCGCUCAGAGUGGUAUGAUGUCCGCCCUCUCUGUGACCCAGGCUUUGUGAUUAUUAGCUGGUUUAUCUGUGUUGGGCCGUUUGAGCUUCGAUGAGAAUGUGACCUUUAUUGCUCAUAUGGAAGACAGCCGUCAGACUGUUUUAGCUGAUAUGAGCACGCUGCCCGGAUACACAGGGGCCAGAAUAUCAGGCUGCUGGGCGCUCCGUACAGAUGGAGGUGGAAGUGGUGAAGACUCACUGGACAGACUCCUCCCAGCAGUCAGCACGUCUCGAAGGAAAAGCAGCACUCUGGGUAAAACAGAACCUCCGCUGCUCCGCACCGGCACACGUACCAUCUACACAGCCGGCAGACCGCCCUGGUAUAAUGAACAUGGAGCCCAGUUUAAAGAGGCCUUUGUUAUUGGUCUGUGUGGUGGCAGUGCCUCUGGAAAAACUACUGUAGCCAAUAAAAUCAUUGAAGCUUUAGAUGUUCCUUGGGUGGUUUUGCUGUCUAUGGACUCAUUUUAUAAGGUUCUGUCUCCAGUGGAACAAGCUCUGGCCGCCAGUAAUGACUAUAACUUCGACCAUCCGGGAGCUUUUGACUUUGAGCUGCUUGUGACCACGCUUCGGAAACUUAAACAGGGAAAAAGUGUAAAAAUCCCAGUGUAUGACUUCACUACACAUGGACGCCAGAAAGACUGGAAAAAUGUUUAUGGUGCCAGCGUCAUUAUCUUUGAAGGCAUCUUGUCCUUUGCAGACAAAGAGCUCUUGCAGCUGAUGGACAUGAAAAUUUUUGUAGAUACAGAUUCAGAUAUCCGACUGGUACGGCGGCUGAGGAGAGACAUCACAGAGAGAGGACGGGACAUUGAGGGCGUCAUUAAACAGUACAAUAAAUUUGUAAAACCAGCCUUUGAGCAGUACAUCGAACCCACCAUGAGACUUGCAGACAUUGUAGUGCCACGUGGUGGAGGUAACAUGGUGGCCAUUGACCUGAUCGUUCAGCAUGUUCACAGCCAGCUAGAAGAGCGUGAGAUUAGUGUCAGGGCUCUACUGGCCACGGCCCAUCAGUCGCAGCCGCUUCCUCAGACUCUCAGUGUGUUGGAAAGCACACCACAGGUCCGCGGUCUCCACACCAUCAUCAGGAACAAAGACACCAGCCGUGACGAGUUCAUCUUCUACUCAAAGAGACUGAUGCGGUUGCUUAUAGAACAUGCACUGUCUUUCUUGCCCUCUGAGGCCUGUUUUGUUCAGACACCACAAGGCCAAGAGUAUGAAGGCUGCAGAUUUAGCGGGAAAGGGAUCACAGGUGUGUCCAUUCUUCGGGCCGGUGAGACCAUGGAACCGGCUCUGAGAGCCGUGUGCAAAGACGUCCGUAUUGGCAAGAUUCUCAUCCAGACUAAUCUGGAUUCAGGAGAACCAGAGCUGCACUACCUGCGACUGCCCAGAGACAUCAGUGAGGACCAUGUGAUAUUGAUGGACAGCACUGUUUCCACGGGAGCAGCAGCCAUGAUGGCAGUGAGGGUGUUGCUGGACCAUGAUGUACAGGAAGAGAAGAUUGUGCUGGUGUCUCUGCUGAUGGCAGAGUUGGGUGUUCACUCAGUGGCUUACGCCUUCCCUCGUGUCAAAAUCAUCACCACUGCUGUGGACAAAAGCCUGGAUGACCUCCUUCAUGUCAUUCCAGGCAUAGGGGACUUUGGUGACCGUUACUUUGGGACAGAUGGAUCUUCGUCAUGGAGUGAAGAAGAACCGCAAGAACCACAUAGCUGCUCAUCAGAGGUUCAGCGAGGACAUUCAAAAUCCAGCUAUGGAACUAAAAUGCAUAUAAGAAAAAUUUGUUUCUCACGCAAGAGUUUAGAGAUAAUCAAGCUGAACAGUUUCUACAAUUUUAAUAAAAGAUCAGAUGAAGACCUUGACAUAUCCAUGACCUUAGUUGCUAAAUAGAAUAGUGAUAAGAGUAAACUCAAGGUGUUUUUGUUGAGAAACCCUGCGAGGAAACAAUUGCACACAUACAAGACCCUGUUCAAAGCUCUGGGUGAAGGUGAAGGUGUCCUUACUAAGGAAAAAACUGAAAAAAAAAUUCUAUUGGAAUGCAAUAAUGAAUGCUCAAAAGUGUAGAGAUAGUUAUAAUUUGUUAGAAAGAACAAGCCAUAGAAGGUUAGACAAGAUAGAUACGACAUCUGUUUCAACAAAAUGGAGGAAACUUGGCAUAAACAAGUCUUUUUUUUUUUUUUUAAAAAAAGAUCAGACUGUUUUACCAAAUUAGGAAACUGGAAAAAAGGGCCACUGUCAAAAAAUUAACCUUAAAUAUUUGGAUGAAAUUAACCAGACAUCAUCAAUCUCUUAAGUAUUUUACAGAUAUGACCUAUUUGGCUUGAGGGAAGAGACUUUUUUAAAGGCCAGAGUCUGACCAUCUGCAUUUAGGGCAAAAAAAAAAUAAAAAAAAUUCCAGUAAAUCCACAGCUAUGAUGUAGUUCCAGGUCUGUCGACCGCUUUACAGUUUAGUAUCACUUCGCCAAACUAUUUCAGUUGUUUAACAGGUCCGUAAAAAAGAAGUUCACUUCUAGAAUUAAAUGUUUCCUGAUAAUUUACUCACCCU